AGGACUUGGCCUUCAAACAAGAUUGGACAGCUGUCCUGUGCCGUUAUAGCCCAGAUUAAUUGAAAAAAAACAACAACAACAACAACAGCACAGAAAAAUAGCAUACUCUUUGUGAUUAUGAGCACGACCCUACUUUUCGUAGGUGUAACAGUUGAUAUAAGAUAGGCCUAUAGUUUAAUACAAGGUACAUAAAAUAGCUUGUGUCAGUCUAAACGACCGGACUGUUUCAGAACUAAAAUGUAUGCCUACGCUGAACAGACUAAUGGGCGUUCGAUUUUACAUUAUUCUUUGUUUAAAUAACAAUAAUGAAAUAUCAACAUGCCGUAGCUGCAUUAUUUACUUUAAGAAUAGAGGUGGGAGAACAAGAGUACGAUAAUUGUGGGGGGGCGGGGGUGGAAAGGGGUGGAAUAUCAAUUUUUAUUGCAUCACCUGUCAGUGGCGUCCAAUCAGCGCCGGCUUUGGGGCAUUAAUUGAUGAAGGUGUCUCCAGCCUUGCUCACUUCCCUCUGUCAUUUUAUUUGUUGCUAAACCAGCAGCGGGAAUAGCAGCUGCAUUUCGGCUCUUAUUCUCCCUCUCGCUCACUCUCUCUCUCUCCCUCUCUCUCACUCACUCACUCUCUCUCUCUCCUCUCUCUCUCUCUCGUUUUCUCUCUCUUCUCUCUCUGUAUCCCUCUCACUCUGGCUGAGCAGGGAAACGAAAGACCGCAGGUACAAGAACACAGGCAGACAGCAGCCUGCCUGUGUGCAUCAUAUACAUUUCAUCAGUAAUGCUGGGCCCAGGGCAAUGGAUUAAUUGUUCAUGCAUUUUUAUUAUUUUUGCAGUCGUGCAUUUUUAUUAUUUUUGCAGAAGUUUUAUACUUACUGACGCAGCGUGGACACUCUGACUGUUAUCUGUAGCUUUGACAACAGAAUGCCUUGAAAUAAAGAACUGUUUGCUGUGGACAUUCAUCGCGCCAGAUGUGGGGAUUAAUACAAUAGACAAAAUGGGCGAUUUGGAGUCUGGUUAUGAAGAGAUGGAGGGUGUUAAACUCGGGUACCUGGUUAUCAAGGGCAAGCAAAUGUUUGCCCUUUCUCAAGUCUUCACCGACCUCUUGAAAAAUAUUCCAAGGACUACUGUGCAUAAACGAAUGGACCACCUCAACGUGAAGAAGCAUCACUGUGAUCUGGAGGAAUUGCGAAAACUCAAAGCAAUAAACUCUAUAGCUUUCCAUGCGGCUAAAUGUACUCUGAUUUCAAGGGAAGACGUGGAAGCUUUGUAUAUUUCUUGCAAAACGGAGCGAGUGCUUAAAUCCAAAAAAAGAAAAACGAACACGAGUUCACCAGAGGAUACCUGUGACGACCAGAUCAACCCAGAACCCCACGACGAUUUCUGGAAAGAAAAAGUUUGGCUAAGUUUGCACGGGGUUCCUCAGACUUUCUCAUUUAAAAACAGACAUGGAAGACAAGGGGCUGCCUCACCCCCGGCUUCCAAUCUACCUCAAAUUUACAGUAAAUUCGCGUGCCGCGGCUACCAAGCAGUGACAAAGUCGGAAUGCAAAUCCCACAAAAACUAUGAAACUUCUCAGAUUCCCAGCAAUUGUGUAGCAUUUAAUUCAAAUCAUUCGUUUAUUCGGAAUGUUGUAUGCACCCGACAACCCCUACUCUGUCAUUCCGCCAUUGCGGCACAGUCAAGGCGCUCAAGCACUACCGACCUAAUUUAUAAAGGGAAAGGAGAGCACGAGGACACUGGCAUACAAUUUUGGAGCACAGGCAGACGCAAUCGUCAGGUUUUAUUUGUCCCGAAAUGCUGCAAGGCAAAAGUACCCAACGGUUCUUUAAACAAAUUUUACCUCGAGCACGGGUUAUACCUCGACCACCAACAUAUCGGGAAUUUCCAGGAGAGCUGCAGUAGUGACACCGAGUCAAGUUCUUACUCCGAACGAGUCGAUGACUCGGAUUUUGGGUCAAGUUUGUCAACUACCAGUAACUCCGCAACCUCCGACGAGGAGGAAGAUGAUUCUGUGUCAGAAUCAUCAGACGUCAGUUCAGAUGAGGAGAGUUCUUCCCAAUCUGACUCAAGUUCUGUUGCGAGCCAAGUUUCGUUGCAGAGCAUUCGAAUGAGGCGUACCAGUUUUUCAGCUCUCAGCAAUAAAGCGCCUCCACUACCGCAAGCGUCUUUUCACUGUAGUCUCCAACACAGCACAACAAAUCAGAGCGGAACAACUGAGUUGGAUUACGGCAUUUUCACCAGGAAGCUCCCGAAAGCUGACUUUAACCGCACAACCUCUGUGAACAAACACGAGGAUAGUACUGUAUCAAAGCAGCGAAAGGCAUUCCCGCUUGUUCUUGGAAGUUGUUUUACAGAAACCAGGAGGGAAAGGUUUUCUAGGACAUUGUCACACAUUGAAAAUGAAAUUCCAAAUGAUCCAAAGAGGACUGACCCCGCAAUUAACAGUGUUAUUGAAACAGGGUCUUCACCUAGUUCAAAGGGAAACAAAGAGUUUCCUCUACAAAGGGUAUCAGGACAGGCAAACAAAUGCCCACAAGCCUUGAUCUCAUACUGUGUCAGAGACAAAGAAACAAUAGUUUCUCAGUUCACCGAGAACAAUCCUUCAUUUGACGUACAUUUAAAAAAAGAGCCGAAAAUUAGCCAUUGCCUUCAACUACCCCCACCUCAUAACAUUAUCAAGACAGAAGUAGAGGAGCCCAGCACACCCACCGAUGUUCACAGCGAGAACAACGGAUCAGUAAAGACACCGCAAACUCUGCUUCGGAACGUUAAAAUUAAAGUAGAGGAAAUAUCUGACGAGUAUGAAUUCUCGUGUCAGGGUAAUGGACUUGUAUGGAAAUACCAAUGCAACAGAACUGAGCCAGACAUCACCAGUGGUCAAUAUCCGAGUGGCGAGGACAAACCAAUACACAGUGUAAACAAUGCGACUAAAGCCACCGAGUGCGCUGGAGACUUUACCACUCCCCGAAAGUCUCCCUCAGUACACCCGGAAUCUCAAAGCACUUUAAGCACCCCUUAUCCGGAGGAAGGAGAGUACAAAAACGGUGCGAGGGUAAGGAAAAACUAUAGGACUCUGGUACUGGGGAAACAGUCUGGAAUUCCGACGACACAACUGAAAUUAAAUGGUAAAGUUUACAGGACCCCAAGAUCUACAGGUAAGACAGAGAAUUAUGAAGGAUCACCAGAGGAUUUUACGGGCGGGAGUAAACGCAAACGUGCAUCAAGCAAUGUAGCAGCUGUGAAAAGGCCUUUCAACUUCAUGGAAAAUUUUCCGUCUCCGCCGUCGCUAAUUAUUGGCAGUGAUGGGGAUUUGAGCCCCGCUUAUUCUCUGAACUCUAUGAAGGAUAAACAGCCUCACCGGUCUCAUCCUGUGUGGAAGUGGCAGCUUGGUGGUUCUGCUGUACCCCUCCCACCAAGUCACAGAUUUCGGAAAUUUUAGCGCAGGAAAGGUUAAGUCUUUACGAUAUAAUUUUGGUGAUUUAUACCAAAAACUACGAAAAAGUCUUAAAAUGGAGCUACAAGCACUGAUGACCUUUUACUGGAUAAGCAGUCUACAUGGUUAUGGAACUCCUGUAACUACAAUGUUACUUAUUUUGAGUUGGACCACUUUCAAGACUUACCGGCCCGACGAAUAAUAAUAAUAACAAGUACCUCAAGGAUUUAUACUGAAACGAACACAAAACAGUUUGACACGAUGGAAUCCAUUCGCGCAGAAUGGUUUUUCAAAUGAGUUGUAAUAAUUCUCAACAUUUGCAGCAGGCCUACUGGAUUGUACCAUUGAAUCAAGUAUAAUUCACUUGUAUUGAUUCCCCCCAGGACAGACUCUUUUGCAGAACUUCGGCCGCACUGUUUUGAGAGUUUUAUUUUUAUUUUUUCUAAAUGUGCCCAAUGACUGAAAAUAAUUUGAUUUUAUUUACAAUUUUGCCCUCUUGAGAUACCAAUUGCAACCUUGCUGUAGCUUUCCUCCUCACAGUAUUGUCAACAGGAACUUUUCACUUUUCGAUUUCUCCAUAAUGUUGGUUUCUACUUUUAUAUUUAUUUCUAAGUGCGUGCAUGCUUUCUCAGAAUGGCUGGCUUGUGUGUUUCUAUGAGUGGUUAAAUUUCUUUUUUUUUUUAAUUUUAUUUUAUUAUUCUUAUUAUUAUUUUUUAUUUAUUUAUUUUUUGCUGGGGGAAUUGUAGCCUACUCUUUUGUGAUUGUGCUCACACACAAAUAUACAACCCUGACUGUUAGGCCCACCACAGAUGGCCUUAAUUACUGACAAUCAGGAGGAGCUGUUCGGAUUUGCACGAAAAAAGACAAACAACAAACACCAAAUCUAUCUUGCUAGCACAUUCAUGGACAAAUUGCAGAACACUGAACAAAAGCACAAACCUCGUGCAUUGCACUUUUAAAUAAUACAGAGGCCUGGUAGACCGUAAAGAACAGAUGUUUUUUUGAGAAGUAGCGUACGUCUGGAAAGGAAAACAAAAAUAGCAUGUAUAAAAUGAAAAGCUUAAUCAAAUGAUUGGAAAUCCUACUGUUGGCAGUAGUAAAUUGAGAUAUGUGCAAACAUGAAUGUAUGUUUAUUUCUCGUCUACUUCGCUAAAUAAUAUUCAAAUGAGUUUCCGUCGAAUUUAGCAAGAGUAACAAGCCACCAGGAAAUAUCAACAGCUUGUCAACUACCAACUGUUUGUUUUUGCGUAUGCAUUUAAAAAGAAUGUCGUUUAUAUAGCCUACCAAUGAUAAUAUUACAGGCACAAAACGUUUUGUGUAACGCGCCCUGGGCAAGGCUUAACCCAAAUUGUCCAACAAGAAGUCAGUAUAAUGUAAUAUAUCAGUAACGUCCAAUUUGUUAAAAUUCUGUUAUUGGAACAUAAGGUGAUUCGUAUUAUUCUUUCAGGCCCGAAGGCUGAAGUGAAAGACUUGGCAGGGGUUGCACCUUACUUUCUUAGCCAAAUUUUGAUAAACUAGCACUGUUUUAUUGUACAGACUGAAUUUAGGCUUUCUGGUGAAACGUUACAGACAACGUUUUUCUUGCGAACAAAAUUUGGGAGUGUAGCCUUAAGUCCUUAAAAAUAAGCGCAUGUUUUAAAACGCUUAUAAUCAUGUCAUAAAAUCAAACACAUUCACUGACCAUUUCUCUGUGUGUGUGCGUGUGCGUGCGCGAGUGUGUGUGUGUGUGUCUGUUUGUGUGUGUCUCUGUGUGUGGGGGGGUGGGUGUGUGUAUGUGCGCGCGCGCGCGUUAUGAGAAAUGUAAAGUCACGUUGUGUUACUGGUAUGUUCACCUCUUGAAAUUCGACCUGUACAUUUUGAAUUAAAUAAUCAGAUGUUAAUUUUUUAAAAUUAAUAUUCCCGAGGCUGACGUGUUGUUUGGAAUGUAUAUAUCCUUAUUUAACAUAUACACUGUCUUUUUAAUGGGUAUUUAAUGAGGCCUACCUUAAGUCUGAGUAGUUUUACAACCAGAAAAUAGCCCCAUGGCCCUCGCAGUCCGACAGUAUGAACAACAAAAUAUUUUCGAGGUCAGUGUCCUUUCCACUAAUGUCAGUGAGUAACUUAAGCACGCGACAAAACCACUAUAAAACGCCAAUGCCUAUUAGUCUCAUUGUGAAUGUAUUUUGCAUUCAAAAAUAUGCAUGUCUGUGAGGCGUCAGAACGUUUUCACGAUGUUCGUGACAGAUAGAUUUUGGACCUUAUAUUACUUUAGGGUUUUACGGCUAAUCAUGAGCAUGGAUUACAACACGUCGAAUAUCCCCAGAACAAUUAGAAAUUACAAUAUAUAUUUUUUGUACAAACACAGGUUUCAGUAGGGCCCGUUACAUGGUUUUUGACAGUUUUUCGAUGCAGGCGACCAAUGCUAUUUCGCAUUUACACUUUUGUCAUAUAGUACACUGGAAUGUCAAUUGGGGGUCAAAUGUUGCAGUCCGUGGACUAUUCUAAUAACUGUAAAACAAGCCUACCAAUAAGCUAUUUUGUUCAUUGUGCAGAAAACAACAUGGUUAUUUAAACGACGUUUGAAGGAGAGAUUCGUGUAUUUGGCAUUGAAAUGUAGUUCCAUUUUAAGAAGGGUCAGCAGGAUGGAAUGGAAGUAAGUGAUGUUAUCAAUUUACAACUGCAUGGUCUCACUGCUUUUGGAUCUUGAACUCUUCUAUCUCCUGUUUUUGCUAUACUUGAGGUCAGUUCUGACAAGAAAUUUGAAGUCACUGGUUGUGUACAUGAAAUUAAAUAUUUAUUUUUGUGAUUUA